AUGGCUGAUGAAUUAAUUAAAUAUUGGGAAAAGUUCCAAUUGACAGAGGAUGAGAAUUGUGUUGUUGGCGAUGUGGUGAAUAACGAAGGUGGGGAGGGAUCAACUGAUUUCUUUCGUCAUGCUCUCGUUGGUAAACUCUGUACGGUGAAACCCUUCAAUGUGGAGGCAAUGAAGAAGACCUUAUCGAAUGUUUGGGGGGUUACUGAUGAUAUUUUGAUUCGCUCGAUGGAUACAAACUUGUUCGUUUUCCAAUUUGUAAAAGAGAAGGAUAAAAACAGAGUUAUUGAAGGGAUGCCAUGGUUUUUUGAUGGGAAACUAAUGCUAUUAAAAGACAUUCAGGGUGAGGAACAACCGUCUGAGGUAGUGUUCGAUCGAACUCCAAUGUGGGUUCGACUUUAUGAUGUGCCGUUUAACAAGCGUAACCCUCUGAUCAUGAGUGAAAUUGGAAACAUGCUUGAGGGAUUUAUGGAGUUAGAUGAUACUGAUCCGCUGGGUUGGGGUGAGUUUAUGCGCAUAAGGGUGAUGUUGGAUGUUACGAAACCGCUGAGAUGGGGUUUAUUGGUGGCUGUUGGUAGUGCGACAACCAAAUGGAUCGAUGUUAAAUAUGAACGCCUAUCUGAUUUUUGCUUUUAUUGUGGCAUUCUCGAUCAUACUGAUAGAGAGUGUGAUAAGAAGGAGAUGGAUGGCGAAGAGAUGAAUGAUGUGGUGUACCAAUACGGCCCGUGGUUGAGGGCUUCUCCCCUCAAACUCUCUAAAUUUUCCCUGGCAGCUCGUGAGAAGGAGAAAAAACUCGUGGAGAAAAUAAAUUCUCGCAGGGGUGAUUCAUUAAGGAAGCACAAUUCCCCGAAUGUUAUUCGUCUAGGGCCUAUGAGGCUGCUCGUAAAUUACACUUCGCUUCCCCUAAGAAUAUUGAGGAUUUUGGAGCUAGCAGAUGGAUUUCCUCAAAGUGGGGUUAUAAAGGGUGGUGUUAUUUCUAGAGUGAUGGGGACGGAGAGGAAGGAAGAUAAAAUGGGGAAGAAGGGGAGCUCGGGUUGGAAGAGAAAGAUGGUUCAAAGAGGGGAGGGUAUUGGAGAAGGGGGACAUAAGCAAAAUGAGUUCGAUACUACAAUGCUGGACGUGGUGAGUAAUAAACGGGCUGCUGGUGAGAUAGAGGAGAAGUGUAGUGGGAAGGGUUUUGAAAAACGUGUCAAGUAUGAUGGUGUGAUGGUUGGGGACAACGAAAUCCAAGUAGGAGGUGUUGGCAGGGGCCAAACCUCCGAAGAGCAAUGA